AGUGAAAGAGGUAACACCUUGAAGGAAGCAACAACGCAAGUGAGUUUAGAUUACAGCUUCGUGACUGUGACUUUCUUCCUCUUUUACGACGCCGUUUCACCUUUCUUCUGUCGUUUCUCUCUUCUUCUUCUUCUUCAUCCGAUUCCGCUUUUUGUCUUCUUCCUUCACCCUCCCUUCUCGUUCACUCAGUCAAUGCUUUAAUUCCCUCGAUUCUCAUCAGUUACCUUUUCACGCGCUUUCUUUCGUCAUUUCCUUCAGUGGCUGGUUUUGCUGCUUCAGAUGUUGCAACUAAGUAGACUUGUUUUGCUAGUGCAAGGUGAAGCUUUUGUUUUGGAUCGCACCUCAGAAAUUUGUAUUUGAAGGUUCAAAGACGCUUCCUUGUCGCUGAUGGAGCGACCCGGGAGCUUCAGUGACAGUCAACAUAUUAUAGAAAUAGUUGGGAGUGUUGAGGCUUCCACAUCCGCCUUGUCACAUCAUGAAGAAAGAAUAAGUGGUGCACGGUUGCCUGUACCUCAGCCUUUGGUUUCAGCCUCAGGCGUAUCAAGUGAAUUGAAUAAUAGGAAUUCUUCGUUCAUAAGGCGGGCGGAUUCUCGUCGGAAUAGGAGUCCUGUUCAUUCUGGGCUAUGGAUAUCUAUUGAGCUAGUUCUUUUAUUAAGCCAGAUUGUUGCAUCUGUUGUUGUUUUGACAUUGUCAAGGCAUGAGCAUCCGCAUACCCCGUUGUUUCAAUGGAUAGUAGGUUAUGCUUCUGGAUGUUUUGCUACCCUCCCUCUUCUUUAUUGGCGGUAUUAUCAUCAUAACCAUAUGCGAGAACAAGAUUCAGCUCAGUCACGGCAAACAUCUCCUCGAAUUAGUGAUCCUUCCGGGUCACUUCUUUCUAUUUCCAGAAAUAAUGGAGGAGAUGGUCAGACUGCUGUUGUAUCCUCCAGAAGUAAUCAAGCUUCAAUAUUGAUGAAUAGAAGAAUGAAGAUACUUGUAGAAUACUUCAAAAUAUCCUUAGAUUGCUUUUUCGCUGUGUGGUUUGUUGUUGGAAAUGUAUGGAUCUUUGGGGGACGAUCUUCUAUUGAUGAAGCUCCUAACUUGUAUAGGUUAUGUAUAGUAUUUCUUGCAUUUAGCUGUAUUGGUUAUGCUAUGCCUUUCAUUCUCUGUUCAACCAUCUGCUGUUGUCUCCCGUGUAUAAUUUCCAUCCUUGGUGUUAGAGAGGAUCUGACACAAAACAGAGGGGCAACUUCUGAAUCCAUCAAUGCUCUGCCAACUUACAAGUUCAAGAUGAAGAAAAAUAAAAGAAAUGGUGAAAACAACUCUGCUAAUAUGGAAGGUGGAAUUGUGGCUGGAGGAACCGAAAAGGAGCGUGUGAUCUCUGGUGAAGAUGCAGUUUGCUGCAUCUGCCUGGCAAAGUAUGAAAAUAACGAUGAGCUGAGAGAAUUGCCUUGUUCUCAUCUUUUCCACAAAGACUGCGUUGAUAAGUGGUUAAAGAUAAAUGCAUUGUGCCCUCUAUGCAAGAGUGAGGUUGGUGAAGACCUAACAGGAUUGGGGUCUGGAGAAGAUGCCACCCAACAACGGGAUGAUAGCAGAGUUGUUAAUGGUGUCACCAACACCUAGGUUUAAUCUAGCUAUAUACAAUACAUACAAUUUGUAUCCUCUCAUUAUCCUCAAGAACUGAGAAAUGGAUAAGCUCCUCUUACAAGUUACUGAGAGAGAAAGAUAAAUCACCUAUUUUAUGUACUCAAGUAAUGGUGGUGGGUUCUUACACAAGAAGUUUGUGUUUUUCUCUCUCAUAACAUGACACAGCCACUCAUCUUUUGAAGCAAAAGAAAGUAAUCUAAAAACCCCUUAUUAUAUACAUAUUUACUCUUGUAAAGUUUUUUUCACUUUCAAUGAUACUCACUUUUUCUCCAUGGAUGGAUUGAGGUAAUCUAUUCCAUAUCAUUUUUGUUUAUAUAUUUUCUUCUUUUGGUUGGAAUUGUAAGUUGGUCGACUCUGAGGUCUAGGUGUGAUGUAGUUAUUUUUCAAGUGAUGCUCAACACAGGCCACAGAUAUAUGGUGUUGUUGGCAUUGGGGGUUAAAAACAAUUUCAUGUAAAUGGGUCACAGCCUCACAGCAAUAUAUAGUGAAGUACUGCCGCCAUUUGCUUACUUUAUUAGACAAUUGUGGCGUCUCUGGAUAUGUAUGGAUUUGCAUUUUUUGCAGGGGAGGAUUAUUGAUAGGUACCAAACUAGGGAUUGCAUUUUAUUUUUGCAUUUGUUUACUAAUUAUGGAGCUAAUAUCUAUUUUGAUU